AUGCCGGUCAAGAAGCUCCUGCUCAAGAAGCUACUCAAGACGUGCCUCCUCCUCCUCAACCUGGUCAGCAAUUUUGGGAGCCUCCUGCAGGGGCCCGCGCGCCCGCCUCCGCCCUGCCUUGUUGAAGCUGAAGGCCAGGUGCUUACGGAUGGAACACUUGUGAUAGAUGGUCGUGCCGUUGCUGUUGUGUAUUUCAGAGCUGGGUAUGCACCAGCUGAUUACCCUUCGGAAGCGGAGUGGAGAGCGAGACUUUUGAUGGAACAGUCAUCCGCUAUAAAGUGUCCUUCAAUAUCGUACCAUUUAGUAGGAACAAAAAAGAUCCAGCAGGAAUUAGCAAAACCUAAUGUCCUUGAAAGGUUCCUUGACAACAAGGAGGACAUUGCCAAACUACGUAAAAGUUUCGCAGGUUUGUGGAGCUUGGAUAAUGAAGAGAUUGUGAAAUCAGCAAUAGAGAAACCUGACCUUUUUGUCUUGAAGCCUCAGCGAGAAGGCGGAGGGAACAACAUAUAUGGUCAUGAGUUGCGAGACAUGCUGAUCAAGCUCCAGAAGGAACAGGGGGAGUCACUUGCGGCAUACAUACUGAUGCAGAGGAUUUUUCCAAAAGCUUCUCUUGCUCCCCUAGUUAGGGGCGGUGAUUGCUUUGAGGACCUUACAAUCUCUGAGCUAGGGAUAUAUGGAGCCUACCUGCGGACCGCGCAAGUGAAGAGCCCGCGUCACACCAUGGUUCUACUACACAACCAAAUCAGGUCCUAUUCCAUGGCUUAAAA